CAACAGAACACACGGAAAACCAAAUCAUGCCAAAAUAAGGAAUCCACAAACAGCUUUGGGGAAUUAACAGUGGAUGAUGCGUCAGGCCCGUGCAGGCGUGCUAACCUGGCGAAGGGCUCAGACAUAGUAAGGGAUUAACAAUGGAAACGUUGUGUUUGUGAACAGGUUGGGAAAGUUUUGGCCAACAAAUGUUGUAGCGCUUUUCCUCCUUGCACGGAUGCGGUUUCGGGAAUCGACAACAUGUAAGUGUUGAUAACAGAGCAGCACUCUAGGCUACUCACUGAAAAAUUUAUCGUUUGAUUAACAUCGUUACAGUGCAGUUUGAAGCGUUGCCAACACUAUCUACGUUUACGUUUUAAAUAGUGAUUGUUGCAUGCUAGGUGUGGGAAAAUGGACCACAACUCAACAAGGUGCCUAGAGCUGUAAUAUCCGUGGAGGGAAAAUGCUUGUGUGAACUCUAACAAAGAACGACAUGAACAAUGGCAGAAAGAGAGAGGAAAAGUGCCGCUGUUUAUCGCAGCGUCUCUUUCAAAAAGUUGGGUUCCUGGAGCACCAACAGGAGUGAAGACCAACAACACAAAUCAGACGAUUUGGAGGCAGCUGGUGUCGCCCUUCCCCCGGAGCCCAGCAAAGCAGAACAGCCCUUGGCGACGCGUAAUGUCAGUGUGUCAAGAAAAGUUUCCAAAAUCUCUGCCACCACCACUGCCGGCCUCCUGACCGCAGACCCAAAGAGAGGCUCCUCCACUCCUCACUCCUCUAUUUCUCCAUCCAUCCGACAGCUCACUGAGAAGUUUAGCAGCAGCAGCAGCUCUGCAGAGACGCACAGAGCCUCACCGGGGGACUGUGGAGCUGUGACGCGGGGGAGAAGCACUCUUCCCCGGGAAAGUUGUUCCAGGCGAGACGGGUCUGCUUCUCGUAAAUCUUUUCACGAGGACAGCAGUGGUGAAUAUUUCCACGUUAGUGAUACCACUACUGCUGAGACAUUGACAGACAAUAAAGUGCAAAAGUUUCACUCAGACACUGACUCGGUGUCAGGCUCGGACUUGGAGAAGAAAUGUGAGAAGGGGAUUUUUUCACGUUUAUCCACCGACAACAAUUCUGGUAAGAGAGAUUAUUCACAGAUCAAUGCAUGUCCCUCUGAUCCCAGAAAUACUUUGACUACAGAUGAGGAAGAUGAUGUUGUUAGUAGAGGGGUUCCCUCACCCUGUAAAUCUCACAAAAGCUAUCUCUCUACACGUCACACUGAAUUUAUUCCUCUGCACUCUGACAAGUGGCCCAGUGUCACUAAAAUUAGACAAAUCUUUGAUGAAGGACAAGGCAAUGCUACGCAGCAGCACAAUACUGACUCGUAUGAGAAUUUAAAAGCAGCUGACAGAGGAAAUCUACAGGAACUCAGCCCCAGUGAGAGUGUUUCUCUCUCAGAUACAAGUGACAAACUCUCGCUUUGCAGCUCCGCUAAAGAACUCUGUUGCCUGUCUUCGCAUGGCAAAUGCAUAGGUGGAGCAAAAAGCAGAGAAAACAGCCCUGCUAAAGACACUCUUUGUCACAGUAUGGACCUUUAUCCCAAAGCUUACAACCAGCAGUACUCACACAAAGAGGAGGAGGCUGACUUAGAGAUACAAACUUCUAAUAACAACAACAUUUCUGGCAGAAAUACUUUUCAAAGCAGUAGCAGUCACAGUUGCACUAAGGGUAGUCACUACCAGAGGAUUAACCCAUCUCAAUACAGAUCUCAUAGUCCCAGCCCUGAGGCAGAAGCUGCCCAUAAGACCCAUAGGACAACAGUGUUGACAUCUGACCCCAGCCCUGACCUUCAACCCCCUGAUACUUCGUCUUGGAGUCAAUCGGAAAGCUUGGACGCCUCCUCCUCUCUUCAGCGGUCCUCAGUGAGGGAGAGAAGGGAUAGACAGGGGGUCGGGCUGCCCAGGGAUAGUUUACAUUCCUCACAUAGCUCCUCUAGAGCGCUAGCCCCCACCUCCUCCUCCCCCUUUUCUGCUCCAACUCCAGACAAAUCCAUUACCUCCUCCUCCUCUACUGUAGCUCCUUCCACCAAGCUUAAAGCCCCAGCUAAAGUAGCUGUCCCCCUCCGCUCCCGCUGGAGGUUCAGCUCUGGAGACGAAGACGAGGAGUACACCAGAAGAAGAAGAGUUGGAGGAGGCGGUUGGAAUGUUCCUUCCGGCCCUGCUCCUUCCAUCUCAUACAAAGCAGGUGAAAAGUGUGGCACUGAGAGAGGAAGUAACUCUUUAUCCCGCAGUAAAAAUGGCUGGUGGGGUGCUAAGGGCAUUGGCAAGUCUUCAGGCAGUGAAGAGGACAGCCCUGGUUCUAUAGGCCCCCACAGUCGAGAGGCAGUGCGACGACGAUCAUUGAGAAAAAAAAAGAAGGUCAGUGGAGCUGCUGUUGCAACAGGCCGUGAUGAUCAUGAUGGCGAAUCAGAAGACACUGACAGUGACACAGCCUUGACAAUGGAGCACUUAGAGAGGCACCGCCAGCAAAACACAUGUGGAGCUUCUGCAGGAACAGUAUCUCGGAGCCACUCAGCAAGAGAACAGAAAAAUAACAGUAACAGAGCCAGGGUGCAGCAAUGGGAGCGCAUCUCCUCAACUGCGACGUCCACAACACUUCCUGGUGUAUCUCGAGUGUCAAAGGUCAACAUUCCCCCAUUUGCUUCCAGUCCUGGUGGUUCGCAUUGCAGCAGCCGAUACUCCAGCACUGAGACACUGAAGGAGGAGGACCAGCCUGGCUCGGCCAACAGUGCAGCAAAUAUGUUUUUUAACACAGACAAAGAAGCAGGCCCCGCUAGCAGAGCUGCAUCCUCUUCCAUGCUGAGUAAAACUUACCAUGGAAAUGUAACGAUGUAUCGCUCCCCAAGCUUUGGCCAUGGGGAUAACUUCUCCCAUCCCCCUGUAUGGGUGCGCCCCAAUACUGUGCCUACAGUCACCCCCUCUAGUAAACUUUCCAAAGACAGCGUAGUAUCAGCAGGGGUUAGGGAUGGUGAGACCAUCAAUUUAAGAAGGACAACAGGUGGGGUAGAUGAUAAUGAUCAAAACCAAACAUCCAUGUCCAACCCUGAUAUCACCUUAGAAACGAUGUCCCUUUUGAGCUUUUUGAAAUCUGAUCUGUCAGAGCUUAAAGUGCGGAAAAAGAGUGGAGAUAAACCAGGGGUCGUUGAAGGGUCACCAGUUUACAGGAUGGGUUCACGGACUCAAGGUGGGACCCUGCUACCUUCAGGUUGUCGGCCGACACUUAAAGACCUGACUGCGACCCUGCGGCGCGCCAAAUCCUUCACUUAUUCAGACAAACCCAAAGCAGCAGUAAGGUGUUGCUUGACAGGUGGCGCCACAAAAAGGAGCUCCUCUGAGCAGCAGCUUGAUUUGGAUGGAGAGGGUGAUGGAGGGAGGGUGUCUGUGUCAGAAAGGGAAGUAGAAAGUGAUGGGGGUGAUUUUAGGGUUGGGAAAGGACGAAGAAUGAGAGAUUAUGGAUUUGGUGACGAGAGUGAGGAAGGGAUGCCAACUCCAUUGCAGGAGAAGUAUGUGCAGGAAGCCAGACAGGUCAUUCGAGAUAUCUGCCAGAUGAGUACUAGAGAAGAUGAAGAUGAUUUGGAGGAUGAAUCUUUCAAGUUCAAGAAAACAAAUGAGGAGAAGGAGAAGGCAGGAGUGAGCAUUAAGGAUAAGGCUAGGACAGAUCAAGAGACUGAGUUUAAUAACACAAAAGACAGGGAUAAACAUGAGAGGGAGAGAGAGAACAGGGAGAGGGAGAGGAGUGAGAGGGAUGGACAAAGUAUGCAGUUGGAGACGCUAAACAGCAGGGGCACAGAGCACAGGGAGAAGGCAAAGAGACAGAGCAGAGAGACGGAGAGAGCUUUACCGAAGGGCAACUCAGAGGAAAGCAUGUUCUACGACCGCUCUGUGGAUGAACUUUCAGGCCAUGAGUCCAGUUUAACAGAUGAAGGGAUUGUAACAGAGCCAGAGACAGGCCCGAGUGACCCUUCUGAGAGUUCAUUCCUGGGGUCAGCAGGGGUUCAUUUUGGGUCACGAAUUGCUAGGGAUGUGCUAGGGCAGCCCGUCACCUUAUGGAAGCAAUCGGCUCUACAUGAGAUGGAUGGGUUAAAGCCGGAGACAGAAGAGAUUGCGGAGAACAGCAUGAAAUGCACAAAUAGUCCUAAUGAAGAAGUCAGUGUAUCUCCCUCCUUGGCUCAUCCUGGCGGUAUGGCUGAGAGUGACUGCAUCAUCGUGGAUCUGAGCAGCAAUGCUGGUAUCAACAAUGUUGACACUACUACUGAAGAGGUCACCACCAACUGUGCAGUGUUGCAGAGGUCAGCAGGCACUGCAGGAGGAGGUGGACUGGAAGCCCCUGCGACACCAAGUUCUGUCCGUCGAAGGCGCAAGUUCUCCCCUUCUGGUAAUAACACAGGCUCUGAUUCCAGUAAUGGCAGUAAUGCAGAGUCUGCAAUAGCAGCUGUUGGUAAUGGCGAGUCAACCACUUACCGCUCUCUCAGUGACCCAAUGCCUCAGCGGCGCUGUUCAGUGUCAGAAGAAGGGAAUAACAACUAUUCCUCUGUAGACAGCAACCUGUUGGGAUCCUUAUCUGUCAAAGGAGGAGGAGGUGCUACAGAGGGGUCCGAUUUGUCAGAAUACAAGGGCAGUGUGGCCAGUGACUUGUCAGUUUACAGUGAUGGCGGCAUCCGGGAUGAGGCUGUUCGUGACUACAGUGGGGUGAUCAGGAGCAUCGUAGCCGAGCCAGGUGCAAUGGACAGACUGAUGAUAGAUGAUCAUGGCAAUGGCAAAGCUCCGAAGAAGAAGUCGUUGAGUGACCCCAGUCGCCGUAGUGAUGCUCCUUUACUCUCCCAGAAUGACCCUCAAUUCAAAGGUCAGAUUGGCAGCACUCAGCCUAUCGGUGAGCUAGAUCAACCUGGUCAGAUCCCACCUUCCAGCAGUGAGCCUAUCCUGAGCGAGCAGAGAAAGGAACUGUGGGAGCCAGAAGUGGAGCCUGAUUACACAUUGCCAAAUGUAAAAAUAGUCAAGAAAGCUCGUUCCAAGUCAGAAUGUACCCUCAAAUCCGAUAACCAUGAUAAUGAAGAAGAUGAUGUUAUAGACCAAGGGGCAGAGGAGGAGGAGGAGGAGGAAGAAGUUCAGAAGUUUAACUUUAACCUGAAGCUGGCUGGGGUUUUGUCCCCUAGAAUGGUUCGUAGGCCCACCAGAAAGCGUCCAAACAGGCCGACCCACUUUUCCCCUCUUGAAGAUCCAUUUGAGCCCCCAGAAAUGUGUUCAGAAGAGCAGGAGGAUCACAGCUACCAAACCGACCUUACUCCUCCCCUUCCAACACUGCAUUCUAAACCCAAAAGCAGACCCAAGCAUGUCCGCCAUGCCAGUGAACCCACCAGCUUUAUCCCCAUCUCCCCUCCUCCACAACUCCAGCCACUGAAAGAAGUGGACUGCCGUGCUGCCCACCCAACUGAAGACCCUCAGACCUCGAGUAAGCCUCCAGGGGAUGUGGCCCCAUCACUGGAGGAUGUUACCCAUAAAUAUAUUCUUGAACUGAGCACUGUUGAGGGCCCAGGGCCUCUACCAGCGGCUAGGGAUGGAGCAGACGGUUCGGUGUCUGCCUUAGAGGUGCCCAGCGACAACAGCACAAGUGGAAUUACAGAAGCUGCACCACAGAAGAAGAGCCAAGAGGACACUGCUUCCACGGCUAUCCCACAGAAGACCAAGCCCAGAGUGGACAUGAGGAAACAUGUGAUGAUGACCCUCGUGGACACAGAGCAGUCAUAUGUGGAGUCACUCCGAAGUCUCAUUCAGGGCUACAUGCGUCCUCUCAAACAGCCAGACAGCGGCUCCAUAGUGGACCCUCUGCUGGUGGACGAGAUGUUUUACCAAAUCCCGGAGAUCUUGGAGCACCACGAGUACUUCCUGGAGCAAGUUUCUGGCUGCGUCAGCCAAUGGCACGAUAGACAGACUGUCGGACAUCUCCUCAUCAAAUCAUUCUCCAAAGAGACUCUAGCUAAUAUGUAUUCAGCGUACAUCGACAACUUUCUCAAUGCCAAAGAUGCUGUGAGGAUUGCCAAGGAGGCCAAACCAGCGUUUCACAAGUUUCUGGAGGUGUGGUGA